GAGGAACCGUACGAGGACAGCGUCAAUAAUGGCUGCUUCCUUAGUGCGAUGGCUAAAGAAACUCUACGUUUUCUUGUUGUUUUGCCCACUAUGUUUGCCAGCCUUUCUGAAUUUGGAGGAGCUUAAUGAGAUGAAAUAUGGCAUCCAGAUUCUUCCCGAUCCCGUCAUCCUGGGACAGACCAAGACAGAGGAAGUUAUGAUGGUGUCCAAUAAAUACAAGCAGCUGUAUGAGUGCAGACUUCCAGCACAGGCCGUCCGCUUUCACCAGGACCCUGCGUCCGAGCCUGAGUCACAGGGGUACACAGGACCGGACAUCGCAGACCUACUCAAACCAAUGCACAGUUCGCCCUGUCUUGUGAAGACGAAAGACUGGUGGACGUACGAGUUCUGUCAUGGUCAGCAUAUCAGGCAGUAUCAUCUCGAAGACACAGAAAUCAAAGGGGACAUCCUCUUCCUUGGUUAUUAUGAGUCCGAGUUUGAUUGGAGCAAUGAAACUGCAAAGGCCUCCAAGCAGCACAGGCUGAAGAGAUACCACAGCCAAACCUAUGUGAACGGCUCCAAGUGUGACCUGAAUGGAAACCCCAGAGAAACCGAAGUCCGGUUUAUAUGUGAAGAAGGCUCGGGGGACUACAUCGCACGCGUGGAUGAGCCCCAGUCAUGCCGCUACGUGUUGACAAUUCACACCGGCCGCACCUGCCAGCACCCGUUCCUGCGGCCGCCGUCCACUGCCAAGCCACAGGGGAUCGUCUGCCAGCCAGCGCUAAGUGCCCAACAGUACAUGGACUACGUCAAAGCUCAAGUCUCGGACACAAAGCGUAAAGUGGAGCAGAUCUCCGAGGAGCUGAGGAGCCUUGAUGAAAUGUUAGCUGUUAAUGAAGGGGCGGAUGGAGCAGUCGAGGUCACAGCGAAGGAAGUUUCAUCUGCACUCAGCAAUGACCCAGAAGACUCAUCUGAAAAAGGUGCUGCUGAUGUCCUGGAGGUUGCAGAGCGAGCAGAGAAGGGCGAUGAUUCAGAUUUCUGGGAAGGAGUAACAAAGCCUGAAAGCUCAAAAACAACCGGAUCUCAACAGGAGGAAAAGGCAGCAGAUGGUGGCUAUAAAUCUCACGCUGACAAUGAAGUCAUAGAUGAUGGUGAAGAAGUAGAAAAAUUCAACUUCAAAAUCAUCACAGACCCAGCAGACCUGAUGAAAUUUGUUCAACACCUAAAGGAAAGCAACAGAAAAAAAGCACAAAGCCAAGCUAAAAGCAGAGGAGAGACGUCGACCAGCAGCACGUUAACCGAGAAGCUCAGCGAGGAUGAGAAGGAUGAAGACGAUCGCCUGCUGCAGGACUUUGACGAUGAGAUGGCCGACAUCUCGGUGCCUCCUGAAAAGAUCGAAGAGAUAAAGGAAGAAAUGCAGAAGGAGUUUGACAACAUCAUAAAUGAGGCUCAGCAAGAGCUGGAGACAGAGGGUCUGAAAGGCGAGUUCGAUCGCACCCAAGCGACACAGACACUGGAGACGACACUGGACAAGCUCCUGGACCACCUGGAGGAUAAAGACGGCCAGGACCCGGAGCAGCAGACCUCGGGCCUCCAGCAGGCCAGCGACCCGACCAGAGGCAGCCCCAGCCUGGCUCCAAAGCAGCCAGACCAAGCAGCUGACGACCAUGUUAAGAUCAAAAUUACUAAGUAUAAGACGGGCGGCAGCCCAGAUGGGGAGGUCAAAGUUCAGGAGAUGGGAGAAGGAGACCCGCAGUGGCAGCACAUAAAGGACGUGGUUAAAGAGCAGCUAGAGAAGGCAGGACUGAAGGCCGAAGGCAAAAUCGAGGUGAAGAUCCUAACAAGGAAAAACGCUGAGGAAGCAGGAGAUCAGUGGCUGACUGAAGAAGAUACAAAGUCCUUCAGGGAGCUGCUGAUAAACCUCCUGACUGGAGGCACCGAAGAGGUUUACAAAGAGCAAAAGAGGCAACAGGAGUUGGAGAACAACUACAGAUUUGUGUGGGGAGAGUCCCAGGAGGACUCCCAGUCAUCCGGCACCUCGGACUCAGACGACAUGGACAUAUGAGUUCAUCAGGGGCCAUCGGGUGCGCGUUGUGUGGCGGCGAACCGGAGCGGAGACCAGCAGGACGGGGGAACCCUGAAGUCCCGUCACCAUUCGACCCCACGUGAUUCAGUUGUUGCCCUUGAACCUGGCGGUUAUGUCAACCAAGCUGUUUGCACAUUCAGAAUUUGUGUCCUUGUGUUUUGAAUAGGCAAUAAUGUCGGCGUUUUUAAUGGGCGCCACCUAUAUGUUGCAUGAGAAAACUGCAACGUUGAAGGAAGAUAUGCAUUUCCCCCUUUUUAAUGGGACUGAGUUUUGAUAGAUGGCUUGGAACAGCCGACCCACAAGGUGUACGUUUCUCCUGGAAUAUUUUUUCAGUUUUACUGAAUAUUUCUCGUGAGCUCUGAGGUUGUCAGCACACAGUUUGUUCAGGAUUAAGUUAUUUCUCAGAUUCAUCUUUCAUGUUGCCAGUCACAGGUCUUUGCCUCGAAGUGUGUCCUUUGCAAAAUCUUGUGUACCUCUGAGAGUCCGCACAGGUUGUUCUGUUUAUUGUUUAAUGGAAAAAGUAGGGCUGUGUCUGAAGAAAUGAAAAACAAGGGAUUUAAAAACUCAAAGCUUGCAAGUCUGCAUUCUGCUAACCUUUAAAUCCUUUUGACACAUUUUACUUUGGUAAUUUUAAUGACACUUUGUGGUGUUUUUUUUAAGCAACACUUGGACAAAUUUGUAGAAAAGAGACAUUGAUUCCUGGAAAUAUUGAGCUUUCUUUGGACGGUCGUGUCCUGUGAAGGAAUUUCAAAAGAAACGGCUUUCAGAAGUAGAGUGUAAUAAUAAACUGUUAAAUGUGUUCAUUUGGAUGAGCAAACCUGUGUUUUAUUCGCCUUCAUUUAGCAAAGGUAGAGAAAAAAACCUACAGUGUCAGUCAGAUUCAGUGUACCAAAACAACGCCAAUGUGUACUUUAAGGGCUGAUUUGUAUAGUUUGUGAAUAUCAAUGGCUGCCUGGAUCUCAACCUGUACAUAAUUACUGUCAAUAUGUUUUUGAAAGAUUUGUUGUAUAUUGGCACAGAAUAAAUGGGGAUUGAGUUACAUGA